AUGGCAUGGAGCACACGCGUCUUCCUUUUACUUCACUGCCUGGUUUUUGUCUUCGGCCAGCUGGAACAAGGGUUCAUCAAGGAUUUCGUGGCUGGGUUUACGCCGCAACGCCCUGACGCCGAUGGGCAUUUCCAGCAAUACAUCACCUUCUCCGUCCGACGCACAAACGGCGGCACCAACAUGACCUGGCACGAAUGCGUCUCCAAGUCCGCGGCCGACGCGACGGACAAGCAUGGAACCCUCAAAACGGUCGACUACACCAACUGCCUCCACACUGGCGACCAGUUCGGGCCCGCGGUGGAGUUCUCCAUGGCCGACGCGGGAGACGGCGCCUUCCAGCUCAGGCUGGUCUGGGACCUGCCCGGCCCCAAGGGCGUCAAGUUUGGGAACUACAUCCUCGAAGCCGGCGACCUCAGCUGGGUCCCGUUCUGGGGGUAUGAGAUCCAGAUGUACACUGGGCCUUCCGAGUUUGGCUUUGUCGUCGACCAGUUUGGCCAGCCGGACCCGACUAGCGGGAUCUAG